UUUGCUUCACUGUUUUCAUGAAUGUAGAUUGUAGAAUGUAGAAUAUUUAAUUAAUUUGCUAUUUCAUAAAAGAACUGCGGCAGAUUCUCCAAGGCACAAAUUGUAUCUGCUUUUUAAAAGACAAAGGGUUAACACACCAAAUAUUGACUAUGUUUAGUUUAUUGCUGUAUACUGCUUUUCAUAGUUUUUUAAAAUGUGGAAAUGUUAAUUUUCAUUAUUUUUGAAGGCAUCUUUGCUUCACGGCAUUUCUUUGCCUGUGCUUAUGUCUUUUCCACAGUACUGUAUAUAAAUAGAAACAUACAGUAUAAUGUGUUUCAGGGUGAACUUUUCCACUAAGCUUCUUCUGGCAGCAAGACAUCUUGUUUUGUGCAUCAUCACCAUUUGAACAAUUAAGUGUGACUAUUUAUGUACAGCUGCAGACAGGUAAAUAUACACUCACUGAGCACUUUAUUAGGAAAACCUGUACACCUCCUCAUUCAUGCAAUUAUCUAAUCAGCCAAUCGUGUGGCAGCAGCACAAUGUAGAUACAGGACAGCAGAAUGACCGUGGCAUAAUUGUUGGUGCCAGACGGGCUGGUUUGAGUAUUUCUGUAACUGCUGAUCUCCUGAGAUUUUCAUGCACAACUGUCUCUAGAGUUUACUCAGAAUGGUGCAAUAAAGAAAAAAUAUCCAGCGUCACCUUGUUGAUGAGAGAGAUCAAUAGAGAAUGGCCAGACUGGUUUGAGCUGACAGAAAGGCUACAGUAACUCAGAUAACCACUCUGUACAAUUGUAGUGAGCAGAAAAGCAUCUCAGAAAGCACAACACGUGAAACCUUGAGGUGGAUGGCCUCAAGAAAAAGACCAUGUUGGGUUCCACUUCUCUCAGCCAAGAACAGAAAGCUGAGGCUGCAGUGGGCACAGGCUCACCAAAACUGGACAGUUGAAGACUGGAAAAACGUAGCCUGGUCUGAUGAAUCUCAAUUUCUGCUGAGGCUCACUGAUGGUAGGAUCAGAAUUUGGACCCAACCUGCCUUGUGUCAACAGUCCAGGCUGGUGGAGGUGGUGUAAUGGUGUGUGGGGAAAGUUUUCCUGGCACACUUUGCGCCCGUUAAUACCAAUCAAUCAUCGCUUGAAUGCCACAGUCUAUUUAAGCAUUGUUGCUGAUCAUGUGCAUCCCUUCAUGGCCACAAUUUACCGAUCUUCUAAUGGCUACUUCCAGCAUGAUGAUGCACCAUGUCACAAAGCAAAAGUCGUCUCAAACUGAUUUCAUGAACAUGACAAUGAGUUCAGUGUUCUUCAGUGGCCUUCCCAGUCACUGGAUCUGAAUCCAGUAGAACACCUUUGGGAUGUGGCAGAAUGGGAGAUUCUCAGCAUGAAAGUGCACCUGAAAAAUCUGCAGGAAUUGUGUGAUGCAAUCAUGAUAACAUGGACCAGAAUCUCAAAGGAAUGUUUCCAACAUCUUGUGGAAUCCAUGCCAUGAAGAAUUGAGGCUGUUUUGAGAGCAAAGGGAGGCUCUACCCAGUAUUAGAAUAGUGUUCCUAAUAAAGAGUGUAUUAUCCUAAUUUUAUAAUGCUAACUUUGCCAUAACCCAGGCUGCUGUAUUUGCUGCGUAAACAAUCCCCUAACCUGAACGAAUCAGUUAGUGGGGAAAAAUGAAUCAAACUAAAAGAUUCGAAUCAUUAAAAAGAUUCCUGUGCAGCUCAAAUAAGCGCGCGCUCGGGUUUGCGCUUUAUAAAAACACCACAGAGACACGAGCAGACACAAACACCAGUGUCCGGGUGACAUGGAGGUACUACUACUCCACAGCAGUGGUACAGCCUACUUUCCUCACAGUAUUUUGAUUGCAAUUAGCACCGGUGCCAGUUAAGGAUAAAAAUCUACAAUGAAUGGUUCAGUUAAUUCUACCAAUGAGUCUUGUGCUGCUCGGGCUGUGUGUGAGGAAGACGCGCGCGCUCCCGCGAUUCCCUACCUGGUGGACGCCUGGCUCGUGCCGCUGGUCUUCGCGCUCAUCAUGGUGCUGGGACUGUUUGGAAAUUCCCUGGUUCUGUAUGUGAUUUCUAAACACAAGAAAAUGUGGACAGCGACAAAUAUCUAUAUAGCUAACCUGGCGAUGACGGACAUCACCUUUCUGGUUUGCUGUGUGCCUUUCACUGCUGUGCUUUAUCCGUUACCAAGCUGGAUCUUUGGAAAUUUCAUGUGUAAAUUUGUCAGCUACAUCCAACAGGUAUCUGCACAGGCCACUUGUGUAACACUGACAGUGAUGAGUGUGGAUCGCUGGUACGUCACUGUGUAUCCGCUGCGCUCCUUGCAGUGUCGUACACCGAGAGUUGCCACCAUGGUGAACCUGGGAAUCUGGAUAGGAUCUUUCUUGGUGUCCCUGCCAGUGCCACUGUACACAAGGACUUUAGCUGGAGAAUGGUUUGGUCCUCAGGUAUUCUGCACGGAGAUUUUUCCCACAACAACACACAAGAAAGCCUUCAUCCUAUACAACUUCCUGGCUGUGUAUAUGCUCCCGCUGGUGACUAUCUGUGUGUGUUAUCUGGUCAUGUUGUACCAGAUGGGCCGGCCAGCUGUGGAGCCUGUUGACAAUAAUUAUCAGCUCCAGGUUCAGACAGAGCGCAGCGCUGCUGUAAGAGCUAAAGUGUCCCGUAUGGUGCUGGUGAUUGUACAGCUGUUUAUUCUGUGCUGGGGUCCCAUCCAGCUGUUCAUCCUGGCGCAGGCAUUUAGCCCACACUUCCGUCAGGACUAUUACACAUACAAAGUGAAGAUAUGGGCACACUGCAUGUCCUACAGCAACUCGUGCAUUAAUCCCAUAGUCUACGCCUUCAUGGGUGCCAACUUCCGCAAGGCCUUCAAGAAAACUUGCCAUUGCUGUUUCAAACAGCGGGUAAAUGUCGCCCAACUGCCAAACGCAAAUGGAAACACUGAGAUGCACUAUGUGUCAUAGAGUAGAUCUCUUUCCUCUGUGUGUGUGUAUGUGUGUGUGUAGGUGUUUAGGUUAAGGAUAUAUUUUUUUUAGGUUUAAGCAUAGUAGCAAUGGGACAUACUUCAGAUGGCCAUUAAAGCUGACUUCUUGUUACGCUCAAUUUAAACUUUAAUUCUAAAUUUAAAGUACGAAAAGGCGCAAGUAAGUCUUAUACCAAAAGGCUUGUACUGCACUGAUCGGGCUGUGAAGGAAGAAGACAGAGAAAUGCCAUUGGACGUCAAGCCUUCUACUUGGGUUACCUCAAAUAGUAUGGACUAGUAUACAGAUAAAAAUACUUUAAAAAAAAAAAAAAAAAAAACUUAUUAUGUACAGAAAAAGUUAUUGAAAAAUAAUAGAAAAUUUGUGAUUUCUACAAUAAGAAUUUGCUAAUAUGGAUGUCAAGAACUGUAUGUGAAAUAAAUAAUUUGAGUCAGUUUAUAUCUUAGUCUUUAAUGUAACUGAGUAUAAUGUUAACCAGUGAAAGCUGCUGUGUUGACUGUUUCAUGUCCAUCUUUAUGAUUGUGAUUUAUGAAGUAUGUUUUCAGUGUGUAUUUAUUUCAUCUAUAUUUCUAUGUAUAUAUUUUCAAUUCAUUUCCACAAGUGUUCCUGAACUCAUAACUGUUUAGAUGCCGGCUAAUUUUGCAGCUGUUUAUGAGAAAACAUGAGUAGUGCAUGUUGAUCAUUUGGAAUUGGCUGUAAGUAUGCAAUAUGUUAGUAUUAAAAAUCUUGUCUAAUUAAUUUAUGCAACUUUAUGUGUUAGUGGUGUUUCUCACAGCACAGUCCAUCACUGAACUCUGUCUCCACCAGGUGGUGCCAUAAACCCAACAGAUGAAAAAGUACAAUCAUAGGUGAGAAUCACCCACCAUAACUAAAAUGAUAA